AUGUCCAAAGUGUUCAUUGCUACAGCCAAUGCCGGAAAAGCUCACGAAGCCGAUAUUUUCUCUAUCACCGCAUGUAAUUCUUUCACAAUAAGUUGUUCAGGUGAUGGUUACUUGAAACUAUGGGAUAAUAAACUAUUGGAUAAUGAAAACCCAAAGGAGAAAUCUUACGCUGAGUUUGUCCACAAGACUGGGCUACACCACGUGGACGUUUUGCAGACCAUUGAGAAGGACGCGUUCGAAAUGUGCCUUGUCGCUACCACUUCAUUUUCUGGCGAUUUAUUCUUUUAUCGAAUUACAAGAGAAAAUGGGAGCAAGAAAGUUAUAUUUGAGAAACUGGAUCUGUUGAGUGCAGAUAUGAAGAAGAACUCCUUUUGGGCUUUGAAAUGGUGCGCUUCAAAUGAUAGACUACUGUCGCAUAGACUAAUUGCUACAGAUGUGAAGGGAACCACUUACAUUUGGAAGUUUUAUCCAUUCGAAGACCAAACUGGCUCUUCGUCACCAGACUGGAAACCGGUAUUGGAACUGCAAGGUACAAUUGUGUCGCCGAUGACGCCAAAUCAAUUUGCCACAUGCGUGGAUAUCUCUGAACGAGGGCUAAUUGCCACAGGGUUUAAUAAUGGAACCGUACAAAUUUCAGAAUUAUCUACAUUACGUCCAUUGUACAAUUUUGAAUCACAACAUUCUAUGAUCAAUAACUCUAACUCCAUUAGAUCGGUUCAAUUUUCCCCUCAGGGAUCCUUAUUGGCUAUUGCGCACGAUUCGAAUUCAUUCGGUUGUAUAACUUUGUAUGAAACUGAAUUUGGUGAGAGAAUUGGCUCAUUAUCCGUCCCAACACAUUGUUCACAGACAAGUCUCGGAGAAUUUGCACACUCCAGUUGGGUGACAAGCCUAUCGUUCAAUGAUUCUGGUGACACUCUGUGUAGUGCCGGAUGGGAUGGAAAACUAAGAUUUUGGGAUAUAAAAACGAAGGAAAGAAUCACAACUCUAAAUAUGCAUUGCGACGAUAUUGAAAUUGAAGAAGACAUCUUGGCCGUCGAUGAGCACGGAGAUUCUUUAGCUGAACCAGGUGUGUUUGACGUAAAAUUCAUGAAAAAAGGUUGGAGAUCUGGUAUGGGAGCUGAUUUGAAUGAAAGCUUGUGCUGUGUAUGUCUAGAUAGAAGCAUUAGGUGGUUUAGAGAAGCCGGUGGUAAAUAA